CAGUGCUGUAAACAUGGAUACUAUUUCUUCCUCUUUUGCUCUCAAUCCCCAUAACUCUCUCUUCUCAACAUUUUCUCCACUAAAGAAACUAAUACCACACACUAAGAAACUCACCCUCAAGAACCCCUUCAUCACCUCAUCACAAAAGAGACCACUACUUGCAACUUUUUUCAAGUCAAUAGACGACUUCGUAUGCACCUUCCUCGACCCACCGCUCCGCCCCUCCAUCGAUCCGAAACAUGUACUUUCCGGCAACUUCGCCCCUGUGGACGAGCUGCCCCCCACCGCCUGCGAUGUAGUGGAGGGAUCCCUUCCUCCCUGCCUCCACGGCGGAGCGUACAUACGCAACGGCCCAAAUCCCCAUUUCGUCCCCCGUGGGCCCCACCAUCUCUUCGAUGGAGAUGGGAUGCUCCAUGUUAUCACAUUCACGUCCCCGGACGGGCCCAUAUUUUGUAGCCGCUACAUCAAGACUUACAAAUACACGGUGGAGCAGAAAACGGGGCACCCUAUCUUCCCCAGUGUCUUUUCCUCAUUCAACAGGCUCGCGGCUUCGAUAUCCCGCGGCUUGAUAAUCUUUGCACGAGUGCUCACUCGACAGUUCGAUCCUGUGGCAAAUGGCUUCGGCCUUGCCAACAUAAACGUGGCUCUCAUCGGAGGGCGUCUGUUUGCUCUAGGAGAGUCCGAUCUUCCCUACGCAAUGAAAGUGACACCGGGUGGCGAUGUAAUCACCCUCGGCCGCCACGACUUCUUCUCCGACAAGCCGUUCUUGAAUAUGAAUAUGACAGCUCAUCCAAAGAUGGACCCACAAACCGGGGAAGCCUUCUCCUUCAGAUACCACGUGAUUCCUCCAUUGUUGACAAUUUUCAAAAUCGACGCCAACGGGAAGAAACAACCGGAUGUACCGAUCUUCUCCAUGAAGAGCACGUCGUUGAGUCAUGACUUUGCCCUGACGAGAAAUUACGUCAUAAUUCCCGAUAUGCAAAUUGUUAUGGACUUUACGGAGGUAGUGAAAGGAAGGUCACCUGCGAGAGUUGAUUUGGAUAAGGUGCCUAGGGUUGGGGUUAUUCCGAGAUACGCAGAGGAUGAGAGUGAACUAGUGUGGAUUGAGGCUCGUGGAUUGAACGUUGUUCAUUGUACUAAUGCUUGGGAAGAAGACGACGGUGAGACGGUUGUGAUGGUGGUGUCUAAUCCAUCUUCGAUCGAGCAAGCCUUGGAGGGGCUUGAUUUGGCGUGUCCCAAAAUGGAGAAGAUUAUAAUUAAUGUCAAGGACAAGACACUACAUAGGCAUCUCUUGUCCGACGAAGUUCUAGACAUGGGGAUCAUCAAUCCAACUUAUUCGGGGAGAAAGUGCAGGUAA